AUGGUCAGCGCGACGACGCGCGCGACGAUCGGUCCCGUGCUCGGGGCGCUGCCAGGCGGCGGCGGGAGCGGCGGGAGGCCGCUGGUGCGGAUGCGACGCGGACGCGGCGGCGGCGGCGGCGGCGGCGGCGGGGGCGGGGGCGGCGGCGGGGGGGCGGCGUCGACGGAGUUGCCGUCGCCGCACGCCGUCGAGACGCUCUGCGCGAUGGGGUUCAACGAAACGGCCGUUCUCGACGCGUUACAACGCGGCGGGAACAACCUCAACGUAGCAACGGAUAUCUUACUAGGAGGACGAUGA